CCACAGAGCUGAGUUUGCACUACACUGACCACCUUCCGGGAGAGGAGUCACGUCGCAUCCCGUGUUGAGCGUCUCUAGGGACCCCUCCUGGAGGAGCUGGCAUAUAAAAUCAGUGGCUCGCCCCACCCGGACAAAGUAAGGUCCAGUCUGGCCCAACACGCUCAGCGUUUUAUGGAUGCUUCAGCAGUUCAGCAUCAUCCUCAGCCCUGCCCAGCUCAGCGGAAUUAACGCAGAGGCACGAAACCACUCUGUUUGCUCUCUCCUCUACAGGUUGCUAUUCCCCACCUAUAGUGCACUAGAUUGUUGGCAGACCUGCCAUGGCGAACAGAGGGCCCAGUUACGGACUGAGCCGGGAGGUACAGGAGAAGAUUGAGCAGAAGUAUGACCCUGACCUGGAGCAACGGCUUGUGGACUGGAUUGUUGCACAGUGUGGGGGAAACCUGGAGAAACCACAGCCGGGCAGGCAGAACUUCCAGAUAUGGCUGAUGGAUGGAACAAUUCUGUGUAGACUCAUCAACAGCCUUUAUCCAAGGGGAAAGGAACCCAUCAAAAAGAUCCCAGAAACCCAAAUGGCCUUUAAACAAAUGGAGAAGAUCUCUCAAUUCCUGCAAGCAGCUGAAGCAUAUGGAGUAACGACCACAGACAUCUUUCAAACUGUGGACCUCUGGGAAGGAAAAGACAUGGCAGCAGUGCAAAGGACCCUGAUGGCUCUUGGGAGUGUGGCUGUCACAAAGGAUGAUGGUCAUUACAAAGGUGAUCGGGACUGGUUCCACAGGAAAGCACAGGGAUAUCGACGAGAGUUUACUGAAGAGCAGCUUCGCCAAGGACAGAGUUUGAUCGGCCUGCAGAUGGGCAGCAACCGUGGGGCAUCCCAGUCUGGUAUGACAGGCUAUGGUAUGCAUCGUCAGAUCAUGUAGACCACUUACAAGAUAAAAUUUACUCCUGCUUCCAGACCUUAUUUUCUACUAAUACCACAACUCCUAUAGCUCCCAAACUCCCCUAAGCUUUGUAGCACCUGCCUUGUUAACCUCAAUUUCCCUGGAAUUGCUGCUUUUCCCUGACGGUACCCUCUUUAAAAUAUGAUGUCAAGUGUUGUAAAUCUUCUUGUUCAAACUCUCUUCCUCACCCUCUCUUUCCUUUUUAAUGUGCUAUUUCUUCUUUAUCCUUCUUUUGUUUUUUUUAAGUUCAAAUAAUUACUUGAUGUGGGUUUCAGUUUAGUUUUAUAUUGUUUUGAAUUACAAACACAAGCCAUCAUUAUUAUGCAAAUGAGUAUUGUAUUUUACAGAGAUACUGUAAACCUUUGUUAUAGCAUGAUAUUUGAAUUCUUAUUUAUAUAAACACAUAUUUACAUUUUUGAUCAUUAUAGUAGGUUUUAUUACUAUUGUAAUUAUUUAGCCUCAAACCUAAUGGAGCUGAAUAAGUGAUGACGUCUGUACUAUCUUGUCUGAAAGCCUUGUUGCAGUAUCUUCUGUAACCAAAUCAACCUCACGUUGUGCCUGGUUAUGGAACUUCAGAGACCAGGUCCAGAUAUACUGGCCUCAAAUUAUAACUGAGUGUCAUUCAGUCUGAGCCAUACCCUUGUUAUUUGUUUGUUAGGUUACAUAUUUGUCCAUACUGUGUCCAAUCUGUGUACACUGAACAAGUAAAUGUGCAGUAGCCAAUAUGUAUGACCGUGAAGUUUCCAUUUCUGGUGGCAGAUCAACGCAUUGCUUGAAUGUGCACUUUUAUGUGUUAUGUUUAUAUUUUUUUAAUAUAUUUAUAUCUGGAGGCUUGCAGAAAAAAAGUACUGAAAAAAUAAAA